AGUUCUACAGAUAAUGGUUAGGCUAGGAUAGCUAUCAGUUAGUAUUCUGUAUAAUUACUCUACUGUAAUCUCUAUCUCAAUAUCUAGCCAAGAUGUCAAUGUAUAUAUGUACACGAGUUAUGUACACAAGAUUGUCAAGGAAAUAAUAUACCUCAGUGAGGUCCUUCGUAUAAACGUUUCUGUGUAUCUUUGUGUUCUAAUAUGGUAUCAGACGCCAACACGACCUCUCCUUCGGUCGCUCCUUCUCAAUCUCCAGUCAAUCCGUCUUCUUCUCCAUCACUUAACCAUGCUCACCACUUCAUCUCCAUCAAGUUAACGGCUAAAAAUUAUUUAUUUUGGCGUACUCAAUUAUUACUUUUCCUUCGUGGCCAAAACUUCCAUGCUUAUAUUGAUGGAAGCAACCCAUUGUCCACCAUUACUUAUCUCUGCUCAAGGUACUGAUGUAUCCACACCAAACCCAGCCUAUAGUCAGUGGAUACAACAAGGCCAAAUGAUCUUGAGCCUUCUCAUAUCAUCCCUUUCUGAAGAAACAUUGCCCAUAGCCAUAGGUCUGAACACAUCAAAAGCAGUAUGGGAUGCUCUUGAAGCUGCUUUAUCUUCUUCGUCCAACACAAGGAUCCUUAAUCUUCAUAUGCAACUCCAAAACUUGAAGCAAGACGAUCUUACCGUCACUCAAUACUUACACAAAGCCAAACUCAUCUCAGAUGAAUUGGCUGCUGCCGGACGACCUCUUUGCCUUGCUGAUCAAAAUAUUUACAUCUUCAAAGAGUUACGAUACGAAUUUAAGGACAUCGUCACCACGCUAUCUGCACGACCUGAGCCAGUAACCUUUUCUGAACUUCAUAGCCUUAUCUUAUACCAUGAAUUUAUCAAUGGUUCAUCUAUCUCAAACAUGUACCUUUCAUCUGCUACACUACAAAACUCCUCAAUCACAGAAGGACCUUCUGCCAAUCUUGCCCAAUGCAAUACACCUUCUGACCGUCCUUUUAAUACAAAUUCCAACAGGGGUCGAGGAAGAUCUUAUAGAGGAUGUGGUGGAAGAGAUGGACGCUUUUACUUACUUAAUUAUUCAAACAACACACAAUUCUGGCAAUCCCAUGAUCAGCGACAAAAGUGUCAAAUCUGCAAUGGCAGUAACCACCUUGCCUCGACUUGUUUCCAACGCUACAGUCCCAAUAGGAGCCCUGCAGCUUAUCUAUCAUACCAAUCUCUGCCGCCAGUUACUCCGCAAUGGUACCAUACAGGCGCCACUCAUCACAUCACUCUAGAUCUCACUAACACAAGUUGAGGAUUACAAGGGAUUGGAUCAAGUUCGCGUUGGCAACGGACAUAACCUCCCCAUCCACCACACUGGAUCGGGAUUCCAAGAUUCCUCUUCUUUCCGGUCAGAGUAAAGAUGGUCUCUAUACACUCAAGUCAUCCUCUCCGGUGGAUUCCUCCAGUCCUUCUGCUUUCUACUCAAUCAAGGCUUCACCAUCUUCCCGGCACCUUCGAUUUGGACACCCUCAUCAUAGAGUUCUUCAAGAAGUUCUUAGGAAAAAUCAUUUACCUUGUACUAUUUCUAGUUUCAAUAAAGUUUGUCAAGCCUGCCAGUUAGGCAAAUCAAACAAGUUGUCUCUCCCUUUAAGCAUUAAUAAAAGUUCUUUCAUUUUACAAUUAUUGUAUGUUGAUGUUUGGGGUCUGGCCCCUCUCCUUUCGUCUCAAGGCCACAAAUAUUUUCUUAUUUUUGUUGAAGAUUUCACAAGCUAUUCAUGGGGUUAUCCAAUUUCCCAAAAAUCAGAUGUUCUCUCCAUAUUCCAUCAGUUUAAGGCCUUCGUUGAACGACAAUUUAUACUACUAUUAAAGCCAUACAAUCUGACUGGGGUGGGGAAUUUCGCUCAUUGUCCCCAAUCCUUACUAAACAUGGCGUCUCUCAUCGUGUUUCUUACCCACAUACACAUGAACAACAAGGUCGAGUUGAAAGAAAACAUCAACACAUUGUCGAAACAGGUUUAAGCCUUCUUGCUCACAGCUCUACCCCCGCUCGUUACUGGCAAUAUGCCUUUGAAACUGCUGUUUUCCUCAUAAAUCGUCUACCCUCAGUGUGUACAAAUGGUCUCUCUCCUUUUGAUCUCGUUCAUCAUUCCAAACCAGAUUACUCCUUUCUUAAAGCUUUUGGUUGUUUGUGUUUUCCUCACUUGAGAACAUAUAACAAACAUAAAUUUGAUUUUAGGAGCAAACCGUGUGUUUUUCUUGGAUAUAGAUCUAAUCAUCUAGGCUAUCGUUGUCUUGAUUAUUCUACUGGACGAAUCUAUAUAGCUCGACAGGUGCGUUUUGAUGAAAGCAGAUUUCCCUUUGCUGAAACCUCUAUCCUUGGAUCUCCACCUAAUCAGCCGUCCCCUUCAACUCCUUGGGCAUCAUUCCCGGUUGUUGUUCAAUCAACGAGAACUGCCUCGCCAGUUGAGUCCCACACAACUAAGAACUCUUCCAAGAGUUCUACGGAUAAUGGUUAGGCUAGGAUAGCUAUCAGUUAGUAUUCUUGUAUAAUUACUCUACUGUAAUCUCUAUCUCAAUCUCUA